AUGGAGAGCAACGAUAAGUCACCAACACAUCCCAUGAACGUCAAAAUGCAAGAAAGGAGAGAACCGAACUCUGCAGAGGAUAAGAAGAACAAAAACUUCGACCACGAUAUACAAGAAGAUCAUUCCGAAUCGACCCACACUUCAACAAACCCAAAUUCAAGCCACACCGGGUCAACAAACAUCAUUGUCAGCGACUUGUCGCUUCAAGUCCAUACAAGAGAGGGAGAUGCAGCAAACGCAGGAGAAGGGUUUGACGAGUACAUGGACGCCUUGAACCCCGAGACGGCCGCCGAGCCGGAACAUGUUGCACGACCACCGCGUUUCCCCAUCGACGAUGUCGACGAUGAGAUUCCUUACAAAGAUUUCUAUUCUGCAGAUUCGGACAAGGAGAAUGAUGCGACUGUGACAAAUGUUACGAGAGAUAUUGAGAAGAUAGAAGCGGGAGAGCGGCAUUGGCAUAGGAACGGUUCAAAACUCGCUGCUCAUGCUGAGAAACGAACAACUCGGGAAGAUAAAGGGUGGCAAGAAUGGGCUGGUUCCAGAGACGAGGUGUUUGCAUCGGCUCACAGUGACAAUAAUCCCGAUGACAUCCCUGCUCUGGUUUCGGACGACGCUCAUUCCGAUCCAGAAUUUGAAGCCGAUAUGGAGCGUGCAAGACAAGAAAGCCUGCUACUCAGCUAUGCCAAGCUCCGUAGUACAUCUUCCAACAAGACUUCAUCCUGGCAGCCUUCGGUCAAAGCAUCGUCGCAUAACUCAGGCAAUGGGCAUCCUGAUGUUCAACAAAGCAUUCUUAACAGUCUUAGGACCAUUCAGCCAAAUGAUACCAACACAACCAACUCGAAGUCAGGCGAGGACGUAGCUGGAUAUGCUGAGAGUGACAUCGAUGGCAACGAUGAACGGCAAGACAAUGGUAGCAAGGAAUCUGUUGAUCAUGACCCAUGGACAGCUAUUGGUAUGGCCAGGGACACCUUCUAG